UCCCGGAGGCACAGCAGACGGCGCCUGAAGCCCUGCCCGCCUGCCCGCCUGCCCGCAGCCAGUCCCUGACGCGAGGAGCAAGGCCCAGGCCGGCCCAGCGACACCUGCCCCAGCAUGCUCGCCGGCCGCGGCCCCAGGCCUCCCCAGUCCCGAUGACACCCAACAGCACCGGGAAGGAGCCCAGCCCCGUUCCCGCGGGGGCCUUGGGGCUCUCCCUGGCCCUGGCCAGCCUCAUCGUCGCUGCCAACCUGCUCCUGGCCUUGGGCAUCGCCAGGGACCGGCACCUGCGCCGCCCGCCCGCCGGCUGCUUCUUCCUGAGCCUGCUGCUGGCCGGGCUGCUCACGGGGCUGGCGCUGCCCGCGCUGCCCGGCCUCUGGAGCCAGAGCCGCCGGGGCUACUGGUCCUGCCUCUUCCUCUACCUGGCGCCCAACUUCUCCUUCCUCUCCCUGCUCGCCAACCUCCUGCUGGUGCACGGCGAGCGCUACGUGGCCGUGCUGCGGCCCCUCCGGCCCCGCGGGAGCCCGCGGCUGGCCCUGCUGCUCACCUGGGCCGGGCCCCUGCUCUUCGCCAGCCUGCCCGCGCUGGGCUGGAACCACUGGGCGCCCGGCGCCAACUGCAGCUCCCAGGCCGUCUUCCCGGCCCCCUACCUCUACCUGGAAGUCUACGGGCUCCUGCUGCCCGCCGUGGGGGCCGCCGCCCUGCUCUCGGCCCGCGUGCUGGCCGCGGCGCACCGUCAGCUGCAGGACAUCCGGCGGCUGGAGCGGGCCGUGUGUCGCGGCGCCCCCUCAGCCCUGGCCCGGGCCCUUACCUGGAGGCAGGCGAAGGCGCAGGCCGGGGCCACGCUGCUCUUUGGGCUGUGCUGGGGGCCCUACGUGGCCACCCUGCUCCUCUCGGUCCUGGCCUAUGAGCAGCGCCCACCGCUGGGCCCAGGGACCCUGCUGUCCCUCAUGUCGCUGGGCAGCGCCAGCGCGGCAGCCGUGCCCGUGGCCAUGGGGCUGGGGGACCAGCGCUACACGGCCCCCUGGAGGGCGGCCGCCCGAAGGUGGCUGCAGGGGCUGCAGGGAAGAGCCCCCCGGGGCGGGCCGGGCCCGGGCAGUGCCUACCACACCGGCAGCCAAAGCAGCGUGGACCUCGACUUGAACUAGGGGCAGGGCCUCUGCUGGCUCCUGCCAGAACCAUCUGUCCAUCUUGGCCACCAAGCCGGCCUCCUCUUCCCCACGCCUCUGGAUCAGAAGCCCUGCCCUUAUCCGACUCCACCCUGACCCAAUAAACCCAUCGGGCCCAGUUCCUGGUUAUCUCAUUCCGCAUCCCUGAGCAGGAGGCAGGAGGGACACCAGCGGAAAGAAACUAGA